AUGUUCGCCACACGACCCGCGUUUCUUGCGCGCACACUGGCGCGCUCAGCAGCCACCCCCUCCGCAUCGCUCGCCUCGUCAUCCACCGCCUUUGCAGCGCGUCUCAAGAAGUCGACCAACAUCACCGGCCUCGACGUUUCGACCGCUCCGCUCUCGGAGCUCGAAUCGCGCUUCUCCAAGACAUUGUCGUUGCUCUCGACGCUGCCGGAAUCCUCGGUGUACCGCCAGGCCACCUCGGCGCUGACGCAGCAGAGGCUCGACAUCGUAUCCAAGUUCAACAAGCAGGCCGACGCGGUCAAGAGCAAUGCGGAACAGCUCGAGAGUCUCUACCAGCAGGCUGAGCUCGAGCUGGAUGCAGGCCAGCUAGAGCAGGUGCUUGAACAGGCCGUCGCCGAGUACAGGCUCGCCGCCAAGAUGGUCGACUGGAAAGCAUGGGAGCCACUCGAACAUCCGCCUGCGCCAGGUCAGUGGAGCUACUUUAGCAUGGCCGAGGAAGCAGGCGAGGGAGGUGAAGACCAGAAUGUCGGCGGAGGAAAGAACUAA